UAACUUUUGUUUUAAAAAAAAUCUAAAUCUCUAAAAGACAGGAAACUUCAACGUCUCACUCCAGAAAUGAAAGGAAAGUCUGUCAGAGCAACAACUGAGCUGCAGCGGAGACGAGUCUGUUUCUCUCUGACAGAAAAUUAAAGUGAGUCCAUCAGGUCUUUGUCAACAACACAGCAGAGUCUCUACCAAACACUGUGUGUCGACAUGUCUGCUGCCAGCAACCUGAGAUCUGAAGAUCAGUUCCUGUGCUGCAUCUGUCUGGAUGUGUUCACUGAUCCAGUCAGUACAUCAUGUGGACACAACUUCUGUAAGAACUGCAUCACUACACACUGGGACAUUAGUGACAGGUGUCAGUGUCCCAUGUGUAAAAAGGUUUUCAAAAUAAGACCUGAGCUUCACAUCAACACUUUCAUCUCUGAGAUGGUUGCUCAGUUCAAACAUGAAGCUCAACAGAAAACCAGCAGCAGCAGCUCAGAGCAACAAGUUUCCAAACCAGGAGAAGUUCCCUGUGACGUCUGCACUGGAACCAAACUGAAGGCCCUGAAGUCCUGCCUGGUGUGUCUGACCUCCUACUGUGAGACUCACCUGGAGCCUCACCUGACAGUGUCAGCCCUGAAAAGACAUCAGCUGAUCGACCCUGUGGAGAACCUGGAAGACAGGAUGUGUACGAAGCACGAUAAACCUCUGGAGCUGUUCUGUCAGACCGACCAGACAUGUGUCUGCAAGUUCUGCUCUGUUUUAGACCACAAGACACAUGAGUUUGUUCCUCUGAAAGAAGAAUAUGAAGGAAAGAAGGCAGAGCUGGAGAAGACAGAGGCUGAAAUUCAGCAAAUGAUCCAGAAGAGACGACUGAAGAUUCAGGAGAUCAAACACUCAGUCAAGAUCAGUAAAGAUGAUGCAGACAGAGAGAAAGCAGAAGGUGUUCAGGUCUUCACUGCUCUGAAGGAGUCUGUUGACAGAGGCCUGAACCAGCUCAUAAAGGAGAUCGAAGACAAACAGAAAACCACAGACAAACAGGCUGAAGACUUCAUCACAGAGCUGGAACAGGAAAUCUCUGAGCUGAUGAAGAGAAGCACUGAGGUGGAGCAGCUCUCACUCUCUGAAGACCACCUCCACCUCCUCCAAAGCUUCCCACCCCUGAAAGCUGCUCCACCCACCAAGGACUGGACAGAGGUCAGAGUCCGUCCAUCAUCAUAUGAGGGGACUGUGGUGAGAGCUGUGGCUCAGCUGGAGGAGACGCUCAGUGAAGAGAUGAAGAAGCUGUUUGAGGCUGAGCUGAAGAGGGUCCAGCAGUAUGCAGAGGAUGUGACUCUGGAUCCUGAUACAGCACAUCCUCAACUCGUCCUGUCUGAUGAUGGAAAACAAGUUCACUGUGGUGAUGUGAGGAAGAAUCUCCGAGACAAUCCAGAGAGAUUUUCUCAAUACCCUAUUGUCUUAGGAAAGCAGAGUUUCUCUUCAGGCAGAUUUUACUUUGAGGUUCAGGUUAAAGGAAAGACUGACUGGGAUUUAGGAGUGGCCAGAGAGUCGAUCAACAGGAAGGGAGAGAUCACACUGAGCCCUGAACAUGGUAACUGGACGAUAUGGUUGAUAAAUGGAAAUGAGUACAGAGCUCUUGAUGACCCUCGUGUCCGUCUCUCUCUGAAGUCUCAGCCUGAGAAGGUGGGGGUGUUUGUGGAUCAUGAGGAGGGUCUGGUCUCCUUUUAUGACGUAGCUGCUGCAGCUCUCAUCUACUCCUUUACUGGCUGCUCCUUCACUGAGAAACUCUACCCAUUCUUCUGUCCAGGACUUAAUCAUGGUGGUAAAAACUCCGCCCCUCUGAUCAUCUGUCCUGUCAAUCAAACUGAGUAGACUAAUAACUUCAGUUAUUUAAUGAAUUGAUUUUUGUUUCAGGGAACAAAUUACAUAUUCGGUGAAAAUACUUGUACAAUUUAUAUCUUUUUAUUUCUACAGAAUUUGAUAUCUGUGGUGUGUGAGUUAAACUUAACUUUACUAUAAGAUUAUUAUAUGUAUCCCAUUACACAUGCAACACAUUCGUUUGAUGCAUUCAUGUGGUCAGUCCUUCCUCAGUCACUAAUGUUUCCAUCAUGACAUGAUGGAAAACCUUCAUAUUUUCUUAUUUCUUUCAUGUGGAGCCACAGAAAAUAUAUUGUUGACUGUCUGUUGUUCAGAAUAGAGUCUGUGACAUUGUUGUGGCAGGUGUAAAAAGUUAAUUAACUGAAUGAUAAUUACUGGUUAAUUAAUUGUGACUUUGGCCGAUUUGGAUUUGAUUUGUCAACACUGAUAAAAAUGGAUUGUGAUUUAAAUGAAUCUGUAAGUCUGUGAUUAAUGACAGAUGCUGUACAUUCAUCUUCACUUAAAAUGUCUACUUCCACCUGCAGUAUAAUCUAGUAUAAACCAUUUGUUAAAUGUUUGUACUCUGAUAAUAAACUGUGGGAGCUUCAGUUUUUACUUUA